UAUGUAUUAUUUUGAUAAUGAAUGGAAAACCCUCGGUUCCACGGCGGCCGGAGACUUUCCCUCCGAUCGCUACCUCCGGAAUCGGUCGGCCCGACACGGAGAGGUCCUCGGGGUUUCCUCGCCCCAUGCUUCUCCGCUGCGCGUAGUGUCCCGAUAUCGGCCGACCGGAUAAGGCGUCGGGAGCUAUGGAUCCCUCCGCCGGCGACGCGGCCUCGCCGCCGCCUCAUCGCGGGGCGACGGGCGAGAGCAGGAAUCUCUCCGUACUGCUCCGAUUGUUCCUGGCUCUCCUUUUCCCCGUCGUGUUCUUCUUCUCCUCGUCGUUCUUGAUCGGCGUCGUCGCCCUCCUCGUCAGUAACUUCUCGAUCCCCAGCCCCAUGUCGCUGCCUGCUCAGUGCAAAAUAGUCUCCAGCAGUGUGGAUAUAAGGUCGUCUAAAGUUUGCGAGCUUGGGCUGUUGAAUUAUAACGCCAAGAUUGUUUUCAGCUCGUCCGAGAAAAGGAAAUUCCGGUGCCAUUAUGAUUACUAUUGGGCUUCAGUAUUUAAGGUAGAAUAUAAGAAUCAUUUAUCAGGGCACACUCGACUAGCUCUUGCAGAGGCCCCAAAUGAGGCCCUUCCUGCUAAUUGCAGACCUGGUUCUGUUAUUCUUUAAGUUAGGACCACAUGGAGUUUGGCUUGAUGGAUGAAAGUUUUGGAAGCAAGUAUGCAUGAUCCGCUGAUCAGUAGUUUGAACCACCUGUAGCUCUGCAGUUUGCAUUUAUUACCUGCGCUUGUGUUGUGUGUGGCAUGAAAUGUAUGUCUCUUCUCUGUUCUUGUAACAAAGUGGAGUGUGGUCUCACAUCAAACUGCCAAGCAAGGGCUGCCUAUGUUGAAUCAGGUCAACACUCUGAUUUCAACCACUCAUGGAUUGGUGGUGUAGACCGGAUCUCUGCCCUUGGCCAACUAGUAGGACUGGCCAUUCCAAUCCGACUUUUAAAAUACUGCAUUAAUCACAUAGUUUAUAAUGGUCAGAUUACAACGAUUCUAUUUUGUUUGGUUCAGUGUCUUUCUAUAAUAUGAAGGAUCUUGGCACAUCUGAAAUCAGUUCACUUUUGCGGUCUUGGUCUGGCCUUUGCAACUACUUUGAAGUAUAUUCUUGUGCUCUGUUUGAAGUGACCGAUGACUGUUUUUCAUCUGAGUUGCAUGCGAAUCUCAAUAUGCUAAUCAAUGGUCAUUAAUACAGAACUCAGUCCCAAGAAUCACCACAAGCCAACAUUGCCAUGUGCCAUGUACAUCUCAUUGUGCUGUAAUUUGUUCUUUUUCUGGAGUCAAAUUGCAAUUGAGAUUACUGUCUUAUCUGCUUACAGAUCAGUUGUUAUUGAACUUCUAGAAUACAAUAUCUGAAUUUUGGCUGGCAUUAAAGAUCACAUUCGCCAUUAUGUGACCUUCCAAAUACUGCAUUUCCAUCUCCUUUACAUUUAGCCUGUACGUAUUCAUUUGUUGUGUCUCUUACUUACAUCAUGGUUUCUAAAUUGCUUAUUGUGGCCUGUG